AAGCGGCUGGGGAAGAGCCGUCCCCCUAGGCGGCCGCGCUGCAGGAGCGAAGGGGCGGCGGCGCGGGCCGAGGUGCGAGGCGAGGCGUGUAGCGCGCGACUCUGGAGGAGCGGAUGUUAAGUCAGUACAACAGAAAAUGUCCACUGAACGAACUUCAUGGACAAGCCUGUCCACUAUUCAAAAAAUAGCCCUGGGUCUUGGAAUCCCAGCAAGUGCAACAGUUGCCUACAUCCUAUAUCGCCGAUAUAGAGAAAGCAGAGAAGAAAGAUUGACAUUUGUUGGAGAAGAUGACAUUGAGAUAGAGAUGCGAGUUCCCCAGGAGGCUGUGAAGCUCAUCAUUGGUCGACAAGGCGCCAACAUUAAACAGUUGCGGAAACAGACAGGCGCUCGGAUUGAUGUGGACACAGAGGAUGUAGGUGAUGAGCGAGUACUGCUUAUCAGUGGUUUUCCUGUUCAGGUGUGCAAGGCCAAAGCAGCAAUCCAUCAGAUCCUGACAGAAAACACCCCAGUGUUUGAGCAACUCUCAGUCCCCCAGAGAUCUGUGGGCAGAAUCAUAGGGAGAGGUGGCGAGACAAUCCGCUCCAUCUGCAAGGCUUCUGGAGCCAAAAUCACUUGUGACAAAGAGUCAGAGGGGACGCUACUGCUGUCAAGACUCAUCAAAAUCUCAGGGACACAGAAGGAAGUGGCAGCAGCCAAGCAUCUGAUACUGGAGAAAGUUUCGGAAGAUGAAGAACUUCGGAAAAGAAUUGCCCAUUCUGCAGAAACCAGGGUCCCACGAAAGCAGCCAAUCAGUGUGAGAAGAGAGGAAGUGGCAGAGCCAGGUGGAGCUGGCGAAGCAGCUUUAUGGAAGAAUGCCAGUUCUAGCAUGGGGCCGGCUGCACCCCUGGAGGGUCCUCUCUGCAAAGGAGGUGGUGAUAUGGUUGUUGCAGGACCAAAAGAAGGUUCCUGGGAGAAACCUAAUGAUGACAGCUUUCAGAAUUCUGGUGCCCAGAGCAGUCCAGAGACAUCCAUGUUUGAAAUUCCCAGUCCUGACUUCAGUUUCCAUGCUGAUGAGUACCUAGAAGUCUACGUUUCUGCUUCUGAACACCCUAACCACUUCUGGAUCCAAAUCAUUGGCUCCCGCAGCCUCCAAUUGGAUAAACUUGUCAGCGAGAUGACCCAGCACUAUGAGAAUAGUCUGCCUGAAGACUUGGCUGUGCAUGUAGGAGACAUUGUAGCAGCACCUUUAUCUACAAAUGGUUCCUGGUAUCGAGCCCGGAUUCUUGGUACCUUAGAAAAUGGGAACUUGGACCUCUACUUUGUUGACUUUGGAGAUAAUGGAGAUUGCCCACUGAAGGAUCUCAGGGCUCUCAGGAGUGACUUCCUAAGCCUUCCAUUUCAAGCAAUAGAAUGCAGUCUAGCACGGAUUGCCCCCUCAGGUGAACGGUGGGAAGAGGAAGCUCUAGAUGAGUUUGAUAGACUCACUCACUGUGCCGACUGGAAGCCCCUGGUGGCCAAGAUCUCUAGCUAUGUCCAGACUGGAAUCUCAACUUGGCCAAAAAUCUAUUUAUAUGAUACCAGCAAUGGGAAGAAACUUGAUAUUGGGUUAGAAUUAGUUCGUAAAGGAUAUGCAGUCCAACUUCCUGAAGACAUGGAAGAAAACAGAACUGUCCCAGAUAUGUUGAAGGACAUGGACACAGAAACAGAUGCUUCUCUUGCCAGCAUACUCACUGAGAGCAAAAAAAGCCCUGAAGAGAUACCACAUACCCUGUCCUGCCUCAGUUUAUCAGAAGCUGCCUCUGUGUCUGGUGAUGAUAACCUUGAAGAUGACUUAUUCUGAAGUCUGAGCUGCAGCUGCUGGACCAGCCGUCUGCUUUGCUGAUUUGAUGCCAGAAGACAGGAGUCUGUGAUGAGAGAUCCGUGAAGUCAUUUAUUUCACAUGGUGUGGCUUGCUGUGGAUCAAGUCCAUUUUCUGUUCCAUUGAACAUACCAGAAGGUGACUGAUGGAGACAGAUUUCUCCACUGCCCUCUUCUGGUUCCUCCCCCAUCUUUCCAUGUUUGAAUGCUGCUGUGUACUUCCAAGCCUCGUCACACCAGGUUCAGUCUCCUCUGCCAGUAAUAAUUUGCAUUACUGCUGGGCUGCAUUCUUUUUGAGGCUGGGGAACAGCCAGGGUUUGGGCAUUGGAAGUGAUGGUGCUGCAGAUUUCUGACUCACCUUAGCGGGCGACUGUAGUUCUAGGAAGUACUCGGUGGGCUCAGAGGACUGCAGUUGUCAGGAGACAAAGGGAAGAGUCGGCAUAGAUCUACGGGAAGGAGAGUACUACCUCUCACUCUCAAUUGCUGAGGUUAUUGAAGAUAGUUUUUUUAAAACAGUCCUUCAAGCUAUUUCUUUAUAAACUUUACUUAAAAUACAAGUAGAAGAAAUGGAGAGGCAACUUAGGAAUGUUGUAAAUUUCUAGCAUGUGUCUUUGUAUGCACACACCUGGGGAGAGAGAAAGAAUGUGUAGUUCUCCUUAAAUAAUCUGGGGGAUUGUUUGCUGAAUAAAGUUCUCUAGAAAAUUA